AUGCUUCCCGGUGGUGUGUGUGCGGUGUUGGAUUAUGAGGUUUCGCAGAUGACCGACUACGUUGCGGAAAUGGCCCAACGACUGUGCAACCCCAACUCGCCAGUCUCCCCAGCUUUCCGCAAGUUCGUCUCGGGAAUACUCACGUCAACCCGACUACCAAAGGCGACCAUUCUCCUCGGAUUGAACUAUCUCGCUCGCAGAAUUCACGUCGACAUUCAGAAGCGCGGUCCAUUCAAGGCCACUGACGGCCAGGUUUGGCGAAUGUUGACCAUCGGUCUUCUUCUCGGAAGCAAGUUUCUUGACGAUAACACUUUCCAAAACCGAUCGUGGUCCGAGGUCAGCGGUAUUCCCGUUGCUGAGUUGAACAAGUUGGAGCAACAAUGGCUAGAGGAAAUCUCCUGGAGCCUGUUUGUCAACCUUGAGCAGAGCAAGGAUUACAAAGCUUGGAUUCAAAGCUGGGAUGAUUGGUGCGAGGUGAAGAAGGUCGAGCGCACCCAUACCCUUGAACGCCUCGCUCCUUUGGCUCCAAUCGAUACCAACGUCCAGAGAGUUCGUCCGUACUCGCAAAACUAUAGUGCUUACACCAAGACUCCAUCGAGGGAGCAUUCCGGCUUCCGCUCAGCUUACGAUCAACCUUCAUGGAGCACCAACUCUUAUCCUACUCCUCAUCUCACACCUCCCUCCGCUCCCGAUUCUGGUCUUAACACUCCCGAGUAUAUGAGCGCGACUGGAGGAGGACCUCGCUUCAAUGAUUGGGCUCUCUUCAAUCAAUACCCGAGAGGAUAUCAGGCUCCCAACCAUGUUGCUUACGUCUCCCAACCCCAUGUUGCUGCCUACCACACGCCCGUUUACAGCAACCAUUACGGUCAUUACAACAACAACAUCUGGGACCACUCUGCUGUUGAUUGCAACUGCGGCGGCUGUAACUCACAUAUGAAGCAUCAACAGUACUUCAUGGGUCAUGGUUACGGGCAACAAGUUGUUGCAUAA